AUGUUGGAAUUGAGAGAUGGGAGUUGCUAUCCGAAGGCAUUAGUGGCUGUGAAUGUAGUUCUGGCUUGUAUUGAUGGCCUUAUAGCUGUUCUUGCUUUCGCUCAGUUGUUGAGGAUUCAUUCAAGGAAUUUACACACUGGCUGGACUCGACAAAAAGUGUUUCAUUUAAUGAUUGGGUCCUCGAAUUUGGGCUACUUUCUUUAUUUUGUGUUGACUCUUUUUGCUGCUUGUAAGGGUUGGAUAUGCUGGUCACACUCUUGUGGCUUUAUUGUCAUGGCUUGCCCCAAAAUUCUGUUUCUUGCAGCAUUUCUUUUACUUCUGUCAUUCUGGGUUGACCUUUGCCAUCAGGCAAAUGAUGAAGAAGAUGAGGAUGAAGGAUGUAGUUCUCAGGAGGCUUUGUUAGAUAAGACAAAUAGACCGCAAUCAAACACUGAUAGUCACAGAAAAUGUUGCUCUUUCCGAUGCUUCCGUAUUGGGAGCCGCCAAAGAGUAGUGAUUUUGGUUACUGUACUAGUCUUUAUGUUGAUGAUGGCAUCUGCUGUGCUAAUUUGGAUUGGUAUGGGAAAGAACUCUAUCGACUCAUCAGUGGUGGCUCGGGUGUAUGUAGAUCUUUUCGCCAUAGCAGUCCUUUUACUUGGAGGAGCAUUAGCAUCUUAUGGACUUGUAUUAUUCUUGAAAAUGGGCAAAGUAAGAUCUGAGAGGGCUGCUUCUGAAAUGUGGAAGGUUGCUGGUUUGGCCAUUGUUUCGGUCCUAUGUUUUACUUCAAGUGCUUUUGUUGCUCUUUUCACAAAAAUACCCGUGCUUUAUCACUGGCCUCAACAGGAAAUUAAUGAUGUUCGUACCUCUCUUCUGCUGAUUGUAUAUUAUUUUAUAGGUUCAUCAGUACCUUCGGCAUUCGUAUUAUGGGUGAUGAGAGAAUUACCAGCUUCCAUCGUGGUUAACUCACAAGAAGAAUCGAGAACAAUAGCUUUCAUCAGUGAUAGUUCAAUGACACUACAUCCUCAGCGCUGGACUGCUGCUACAAGCUUACAGAAUCAGGUAUCAAGAGCCAGCCCCAUAUGA